AUGGCGUCGCUGAGUGACAAGUCAGUUUGGGACGAAGUGGAAGAUGGCAUCGGAGAAGAAGUGCUUAAAAUGUCCACAGAUGAGAUCGUUCAACGAACCCGUCUGCUGGACAGUGAGAUAAAGAUCAUGAAGAGCGAAGUCCUCCGAGUGACGCACGAAUUACAGGCCAUGAAGGACAAGAUAAAAGAAAACACCGAGAAGAUUAAAGUCAACAAAACUCUGCCGUACCUGGUAUCCAAUGUGAUUGAGCUAUUGGACGUGGAUCCAAAUGACCAGGAGGAAGAUGGAGCCAACAUUGAUCUUGAUUCUCAAAGAAAAGGUAAAUGCGCAGUCAUCAAGACCUCCACCAGGCAGACUUACUUCCUGCCAGUGAUCGGCCUGGUAGAUGCAGAGAAACUGAAGCCUGGAGAUCUCGUUGGUGUCAACAAAGAUUCCUAUCUGGUCCUGGAGACUCUUCCAACAGAGUACGACUCCCGGGUCAAGGCCAUGGAAGUCGACGAAAGGCCAACCGAGCAAUACAGUGACAUCGGUGGAUUGGACAAGCAAAUCCAGGAACUCGUAGAGGCAAUUGUCUUGCCUAUGAACCACAAAGAGAAGUUUGAAAACUUGGGUAUCCAGCCUCCUAAGGGAGUGUUGAUGUAUGGAGCACCAGGGACAGGGAAAACAUUGCUGGCCAGGGCUUGUGCUGCUCAGACCAAGGCCACUUUCCUGAAGCUUGCAGGUCCCCAAUUGGUCCAAAUGUUUAUCGGGGAUGGAGCCAAGCUGGUGAGGGAUGCCUUCGCCUUGGCCAAAGAAAAAGCCCCGUCUAUCAUCUUCAUCGACGAGUUGGAUGCCAUUGGCACCAAGCGGUUUGAUAGCGAGAAGGCCGGGGACAGGGAAGUGCAGAGAACCAUGCUGGAGCUUCUCAACCAACUCGAUGGAUUUCAGCCCAACAUGCAAGUCAAGGUGAUUGCUGCCACCAACCGGGUGGACAUCUUGGACCCAGCCUUGCUCCGCUCGGGUCGCCUCGACAGGAAGAUCGAGUUCCCCAUGCCGAACGAGGAGGCCAGGGCCCGCAUCAUGCAGAUUCACUCCCGUAAGAUGAACGUCAGCGCUGACGUCAACUACGAGGAGCUGGCCCGCUGCACCGACGACUUCAACGGAGCCCAGGCCAAGGCUGUGUGCGUGGAGGCGGGCAUGAUAGCGCUGCGUCGCGGGGCUACGGAGCUCAACCAUGAGGAUUACAUGGAGGGAAUCCUUGAGGUCCAGGCCAAGAAGAAGGCCAACCUGCAAUACUAUGCCUAAGGUCACUUUGAUUGUCUUUUUGUGUUUUCAGUUAAAUUGUUUAAUGGAAAGUUGUGUAUAACGUUGAUAUAAAUAAAGCUGGGUUAAAAUGGCA